AUGACAUCAAAAUUUGGACUUGAUUACGCGAAACGGGUUGCCAAAUGUAAGAAGUGUCAGCAGCAAUUGUUCAAAGGAGAUUUACGAAUGUGGAGAAUGGUGCCCAAUCCUUUUACAGCAGAUUCUGGAAAUCCAACGGAAAUGAAAAAUUAUUUUCACGCAGAUUGCCUUUUCGAAACACUUACGCGCUGCCGCGCUACAACGAAAGUCAUCGAUUCACCGGAUGAUAUUGAAGGUUGGGAUGCUGCAAACGAUGAUGACAAAGAAACCAUUUUGGAGAAAAUUAAGAAUCUUUCGGAAUUACGACUGAAAAAGUUUGGAAGUGAAGUGAAGACUUCAACAUCAUCUCCUUCAAAAGAUAUGCCUAAACCAGCUGCACCGAAGGAUACAUCUUCGAGAAAAUCAAAAAAUGAAAAAGUGAAAACGGUUACUUCUACUCGAAAGAAACCAAAAUAUGAAACUUUCGAGCAAGAUCAGGAGGAAAUAACUUCUGAAAAAGUUGAUGACAGCAAAACAAACGUUUCCAACAUGAAAAGCGAGCCAUCAAGAGUAGAAAUCUUGGAAGUAAGUAAAACAGAGGAUAGUAUUCAGAAAACGGGAAGCAAAUUCGAUGUGUUCAAAUUGUUUUGCAAGCUUUGUGAUGUGAUUGCAUCAGUAUCGAAGUACACCGAAAAGACUGCAGCUGUUAAGAUAUUCAUUAACAAAGAAGGAUAUGAUGGCGAUUUGUAUGUGUUGCUCAAAUUUUUAAUUCGAGAAGCAGACCAGAGAGUAUAUAAUUUGAAAGCAAAGCAGAUUAUAAACAUCUUUUCUGCU